AUGGAGGCAUUUGAUCUCAUUGUUGUGCUUGAUCCUCAUGCUACUCCGGCUCAUCGUCAGCUUCGUCAGCUUCCGGAGGUUGCUCACUGUUUUGUUAUAGAUACUUCUGGAAAUGUUCUGAUACUUCUGUUUCUAGAGCCAGAACUUCCAACUAGGGAGAGACUUCAACGUAUUGGAUUAGUAACUAAUGGGCAAUGUGUUAUCUGCAAUCAAGGUUUGGAAACCAGAGACCAUCUCUUUGCUGAGUGCAAGAUGGUUGCUACCAUUUGGAGCAUUAUUCUACACUUCUCUUGCUUGAUCAGACCUCCUUUGACUUGGGUAAACUUACUUGACUGGGCGUACACUGCAUGGAAAGGUAAAUCCCUACUUACAACUAUCUUGAAGCUUGCUUGGUGUGCCUUCAAUUAUUUCAUAUGGGAGGAAACGAACCGAAGACUGUUUAGAGGGAACUCCAAAUCACAGGAUGAAAUUCUAAAUUCCAUUAAGGAGAUUGUAGGAGCUCAACUAACUGAUAGGAAUGCUAAUAGAUUAGAUAGCACCAAUUUAACUCUUUGUAAUCAAUGA